AUGGAUAUCGAUGAUUUUGGAUCGAUUCUGGAGAGUUCAGGCAUUGACGUCUGGACUUUUAUCAACUCUGCGAUUUUAGAGGCUUCCUUGGAUUUUGGAGCUGAACUGAAGCAGCGGAGAGAGAAGAUUGUUGAAAUGCUAUACGCGUCGAUGCAUGAAGUGAAAGAUGGAGAUGGAUAUGGAAGUGGGUCGACGUCAACGAUGCCAAGGUUGAUUCAUGGAGAUGAAGAUGAAGAAAAUGAUGUAUUGAAUCCAUAUGCAAGAUUGUUCGACGAUGAAGAGAAGAAGAUUUUAGAGAUUAAACAACGUCUUGAAGAUCUUGACCAGUCUGAAGAUUCUCUGAUUGAUUUGCUUCAAAGCUUAGCAGAUAUGGAUAUCACCUUCAAGUCACUCGAGGAGACUGGUAUUGGGAGACAUGUCAAUAGUUUGAGAAAGCAUUCAUACUAUAAUGUUCGGAGAUUAUAG